AUGGUCUCCCGUUGCGUGCUGUUCUCGCUGAUCGCGUGCUCCGUCGCCAGCUUCCAACCGCCCCAGUACCGAGUUUUCGAUCCGUACUACCUUUACAAUUCGCAAGGACAGCAGAACGGAGGAGGAUACCCAAUUGUGCCGAGACCAGAUACAUCCGGAUAUGUCCUGCCAGCAGGACAAGUACAAACCGCCACAGGAGCUCUGAUCAGACAGGACAAGAACGGAUCGAUUCAGGUGGUACUCAAGGACGGAAGGAUUGUUGUGAGUUUUAAAUUUAUGCACAGUGGUCUCAUCCUAGUGACUAUGGUUCUACAGUAAUGGGGUUAUUCAGGCUGUGAAAAAAAUGAUUUUUUUUCCGUUUUUUCCGUUUUUUUUACGUCAAAAAACCCAAUUUAGCGGUGUAAAAAAAACGAAAAAAACGGAAAACAAACAUACGCUGAAUAGACCCAUAAUCUAAUUGAAAGAUAUCUUACACUAAAGAGUAAUAGUCGACUUUGCAAAACUUACAGUAUAAUUUCCCAUUCAGCAAACCAUCAGACUCACAAUUACUCCUCCCACUUCCAGAACUGCCGUGUAUGCCGUCUGUGCUGCAUCGGCGCCGUCACAGUGGCCUCGUACCCAGACGGAUACCCGACCACUUUCCCCUCUCCACAAAAACCCUCUUUCCCAACUGACGCUCCGACUAUCGCUCCACCCGUAGCCACAACCCCAGGAGGACAGAACCCGAACCCGAACCCAACACCAAACCCGAACCCGAACCCAACAGGACCAUACUGGCAAUAUCAGACAGCUCCACCAGCUCCACAGCCAUGGCCGCCAGUCCCACCGUAAGUUUGUGUGUGUUUGUUUAGCGGAAAAUAUAAGUUUCAGAAGUCCGAACCAGUACCAGACUGCUCCACAGCCGUGGCCAACUGUUGCAUACCCAACCACGACUGGAGUUCCACCACAGCCACAGCCACAGCCACAGCCACAGCCACAGCCACAGCCACAGCCACAGCCACAGCCACAGCCACAGCCACAGCCACAGCCACAGCCACAGCCACAGCCACAACCACAGCCACAGCCACAACCCCAACCGCAACCGCAACCGCAACCGCAACCACAACCGCAACCACAACCAUGCGAGGUCCAAACAACCACCACCACCACUCAGGCUCCAAAUCCAGCGACUAGACCACCAUGGUAAGAAUAUACUGUGACAUUUUUCUAGAAAAUCAUGAUUUCAGCGUUCAAACCCCGGCGCCCACUGCUGUUCCGCCAGUGACCACGACCACCAGAGUUCCAGAACCAGGUUAGUAUUUUGUCUCUUAAGUUUGUGAACCCCUCCAUGUGUUCCUUGUGUUUCUUUGGUUCAAUCCUCAGUUCAAUUUCUCAGUUAACUCGUACGCGACCGCCCGUCCGACGACCAUCGGAUACGCAACUGUACCGCCGUCAACUAUCACCGCCUAUCGGACCGCCCCACCGAUCACCACAGGAUAUCCAACUGUUCCCCCAUCAACCACUCCGGCUGCCUAUCCAACUGCUCCCCCUCCAACCACCACAACCAUUCCCGCAUUCGUCUAUGUCACUGCCCCCAGAAAUUCUUACGUGAUUCCAGAAACUGUUGCCACGACCACAACCACCCAGGCGCCGCUCACCUACCCAAUUACUCCGGCGCCAAGGUAAGGGGCGAUAAAAAACUACGGCACCCCUCCUGAUCCUCUCGGUUUUCAGCGACACCACCUGCUACGUGGAGCUUCGUAACAUCCAGGCCAUCCUCACAGUUUGCUGCGCAACGCCUGGCUCCAGAGUACGUGACCCCAGCCCCAAAACUCGUUCGAAAAACAGUCGUUUGCAGUGUUGCUCAAACGGCUGCUCGACUCAACGCCAGAUCACCGUCUCGCUUCCGAUCCAGUACUUCAACUUCCCCACCAAGAUCACAUGCGUGAAGGCCAUCGAACUCGGAAUCAUCCGCGAAUCGGACAUCACUGGCAUCUGCAGACAGCAGCCGUGGUUCCCGGUCACCGAUGCUCCGCCGCCGCCGCCGCCGACAACAACAACAACCCGUGAUCCGAGAAUCGUGACCAUCCCGCCCAACAACAGUCCAAGCCCAGGCCAAUCCACCUACUACCCAGGCCAGUACGUGCUCCCCGGUUCCACGACACUUGCUCCGAAGAGCUCCGCCGUCUCCUCGUCGAUCAUCGGAGCAUUCUUCACCGUGCUCAUCGCCGCCGUCUUGUGCCUCUAA